AUGUUAAUUGCUCUGGUGUCGGACUACUUCCAAUGGCGCUUCAUCUCUGCUUUCCUCGCCAUGAUUCUCUUUGUCAUUGGAUUUGCAGUCAUGUAUGCGGCCGAAGGUUCUAUGACAAAAUAUGGUGGACUAAUAAUGCUUACUUGUGGAUGUUAUUCGGGUGUACCGCCUAUGUUUGCAUGGAUCGCAAACAACUCGGAAGGCCAUUACAAGAGAGCUACUGGCAUCGCAUUACUAGUUGUGUUCAACAACUGCGCUGGCUUAACAUCAUGCUUCUUGUUCCCUGAUAAGGACAAGAAGAAUGGUUUCCAUCUCGGCAAGCUUGUGAACUUGAGUAUCGCUGCUGUUGGUGCCUUUUUCGUUUUGCUAAUUGAGGUACUGACAUGGAUUGAGGUCAAGAAACGUGAGAAAAGCAAACGAGAUUAUCGUGUCGUGGACCUCUACGCUAAGACGCAUUGGACGAAGGACCAAAUGCGGACAUAUCUCGGUGAUGACCAUCCCGAAUACCGCCUGGAGCUGUACUUCAAAAUAGGUUGA